AUGGGACUGAGGGCGCAGCAGGGCCAGCGCAAGGACGGCCAGCAGACGGGCAGCGCGGCGGCGGACAGCUACGUCCCCUUCAUCCUCGACCUCUCCAUCGGGACCUCGCCGCAGACCCUCGCUCUCAUCAUGGACAUCACCAGCGACCUCGUCUGGGCGCACUGCGAUCCCUGCCCCUUGUACAAAAUGAGCCAUAUGUCCGGCUUCCUCGCCACCGAUACGUUCAGCUUCGGGAACAUCACGGGACCGGGGCGUACAGACGUCCCGGGCGUGGUGUUUGGCUGCAACGUCAACAUCACGUUGCCGGAGAUCAGCGGCGUCUCCGGCUACGCCGGCUUCAGCAGGGGGCCCCUCUCCCUCGUGUCGCAGCUCAACAUCUCCAGCUUCGCCUACUUCAUCGCGCCCCCCGAGCACGACGCCAGCAAGAGCUUCGUCAGCUGGAGCUGGGGAGGCGCCGCCGACAAUGCCACGGCAGUGCAGACCACGACUACGGGAAGCAGCAGCAGCACGCCGCUGCUGGCGGCCACAAAAGCCCAAAACCCUUACUGGUACUACGUUAAUCUCACCGGCGUGCAGGUCGACGGCAAGCUCCUGUCCGCCAUCCCAGCUAGGACCUUUGACGCCCAGCAUUCCGGUGGGGUGUUUCUCAGCACGAGUAUUGCCGUCACCUUCCUCGUCGAGGACGCGUACAGGGUGCUGCGGCAGGAGCUGGUGAGCAGGAUCCAGUCCGAGGGCGUGGCUACGGCGAACGUCUCCUCAGGCGACUGGGACCUGUGCUUCCUGACGGAGCACUUUGCGAACGCCAAGGUUCCAACGCUCGCACUUGUGUUCGACGGCGCUGACGCGGCGAUGGAGCUCAACGUGGACAACUACUUCCAAAAUUUCGGCGACGGGAGCACGUGCCUCACCAUAUUGCCGUCGCCGCACGGCUGGCCGGGCUCGGUCCUGGGCAGCCUGCUGCAGGCAGGCAGGACCAUGGCCUACGAGAUCCACAGUGGUGGCGGCGGCGCGCUG